AGCCGCGUCGGGAGCGCGCGGCCGCGGCAGCAGAACCAGCCCUGUCAAAUCACAACGGAGGAGAGAAAUCCCUCCGAGGACUUUUUUUAAACUUUACUUUACUUUCGAACGCGUGAAGCGUGCGGGGUUCUGCGGUGAACCGACGCGGGAGUACGCGGCCGUCGGGACUAUUGAAAGUUGCGGUAGUUGACGUGCGUCUUUACGGACGUUUGGAGGAGUCGAAGGAAACAAAAGUAGUUUUUACGCACCAGGAGGAGAAGGAGACGGGUUCUGUGCUUCGUUCUCCGGCUCCUUUCCCCGCAUCCUCUUCAGUCCUGGUCGCUCGUCGUCGAGGGGGUUCCCUCUUCCUCGGUCCGGACGUGAAGACCCUGACGCCCCGGGACGCAGCCGCUGUCCCCCCUCGUCUGCCCGGACGCCACCAUGCUGCCGAGCACGGCGCUUUACGCGGCCAAGAAGCGAAAGAAGCCCGUUCAGAAAAUCCCCAAACCUCCACCUCCCGAUGGCAUCAAGUCCAACCCGUCCAAACGCCACCGCGACCGGCUCAACGGCGAGCUGGACAAGCUCACCAGCCUGCUGCCCUUCACCGAGGAGGUCAGGGCUCGGCUGGACAAGCUGUCCGUCCUGCGCCUCAGCGUCGGCUACCUGAAGGUCAAGAGCUUCUUCAGUGCCACCAUGAAGAAGAGCCAGGGCGGCUCCAGCUGGACGAGCGACGGGAACCUGAUGUUUGGGGGAAAAGUCCAGAAUGCGCUGACUCCGUCCUCCACGACCACCUCCUCCUCCUCCUCCUCCACCACGCCCUUCUGCUCCCAGAUGACCUCCAUGGACGGAGUCAGCUUCUCUGAGGGCGACCUGCUGCUCCAGGCGCUGAGCGGCUUCGUGCUGGUGGUGACGGCUGAAGGUUACGUCUUCUACAUGUCCCCGACCAUCCAGGACUUCCUCGGCUUCCACCAGUCGGACGUCGUCCAUCAGAGCGUCUUCGAGUUGAUCCACACAGACGACCGAGCUCUGUUCAGACGACAGCUGCACUUCGCCCUCAAGCCCAACGCCAGCCAAUCGGACAGCGGCGCAGACAGUCCCAGUGAGAACUCUGCAGAGAUCACCACCGGCGUGAUGAACUACGACCCCCAGGCCAUCCCGCCGGAGAACUCCUCCUUCCUGGAGAGGAACUUCUGCUGUCGGUUCCGCUGCCUCCUCGACAACUCCUCCGGCUUCCUGGCCCUGAACUUCCGCGGCCGCCUGAAGUUCCUCCACGGUCAGAACCGAUUGUCGGAGAACGGGACGCUGGUUCCCCCGCAGCUCGCUCUGUUCGCCAUCGCCACGCCGCUGCAGCCGCCGUCCAUCCUGGAGAUCCGCACCAAGACGCUCAUUUUCCAGACCAAGCACCAGCUUGACUUCACGCCCAUGGGCAUCGACACCAGGGGUAAAGUGGUGUUAGGGUACAGUGAGACAGAGCUGUGCACCAGGGGCUCAGGCUACCACUUCAUCCACGCUGCAGACAUGAUGUACUGCGCUGAUAACCACAUAAAAAUGAUGAAAACCGGAGAAAGCGGCUUCACCGUUUUCAGGCUGCUGAAGAAAACUGGUAUGUGGGUUUGGGUCCAGGCCAACGCCAGGCUGGUGUUCAAAGGAGGGAAACCGGACUUCAUCGUGGCGCGGCAGAGAGCUCUGACAAAUGAAGAAGGAGAAGAACAGCUACGUCUCAGACGCCUGCAGCUGCCGUUCAACUUCGCCACCGGGGAGGCGCUGCUGUACGACAACACCCCGACCGUGGACAUGCCCGAGAUGUCCGACAUGUGCUCCACCCCGAAGCAGAGGAAAAUAGACGAGUUCUCCGUCAGCCCCAACUCCAUGCUGGGCUGCAUACUGAGGCAGGACCAGUCCAUCUACUGUGAACACAACCCCAAUUCAAUCAGCUCCCUCAACGACGUCGCCUUCCAGGACACGCACGCCACCGUCAGCGUGCCCGGAGACGUCUGGCCGCACCCUUCACCCAAACCUGCGGGGAAUCUGAUUAAGUCGGAGGCCAUGGUUCAGGACAUGAUGGAGACGCUGCAGCAGAUCCUCGGGGACAGCGACGUGAUCGGCACGCUGGACGUGGAGCCCGACGAGAUCAAGAGCUGGGAGACCAUGUUGCUGAGGAUGAGCUCCAACACGUCUGAAAUGAGCGAGGACCUGAACGACAUCCUGAACAACGACAUCCUGUCGUACGUGGAGGAGCAGCUGCAGAAGGAGGCUGGGUUCAAGCUGCCAGAUCAGCUGGACAUCCCGGCCUCCCUCUCCACUCUGGACCACCCGAUCCCGGACCCCAGCCUCGCUGUGGAGCAGAACUUCGGAUGGCCCCUGGAGCCUCAGAGCCAGCUGAUCUCAAACGGAGGCCCGAUGAUGAACGGACAAACGGCGCCGGUCCUGGAGACGAUGAAACUCACCCACAUGGAUCUUCCUCAGCUGGGGUCUUCUGCUUUAAACGGCCCCACCCUUCAGCAGAUCACCUCCCAGCAGAUGCUCCCCACUCCUGUCGGUCUUGGCAUCCUCGGCACUCCGGUGACCUUCAACCCCUCGCUGGCGGACUCUUGUGUUCAGACACAGAACGAACUGAGGAGCUUACAAGUCGCUGCCAAGGAGAACAACCUCGGAGCGUUCAGGCCGACCAAUCAGCUUCACCCAAACCAAGCGCCGAACCACGUUCAGAUGAGGACGCCCGGCGCGCCGAUCGGCCUCCAGGACCAAAGCGGAGACAGAAAGUUAAACCCUGUGUUCAACUUUCAGGGAAACCGAUGGAACUCCUCCGUCCAAAACUCCAACCAAGUCAACAACUUUGCUCAGACUUACACCCAGAAUAUUUCAAAGGAACCAGGUUUCCCUGCAGGUCCUCCCCCGUCCAGCUGCUUGCAGGGCCACUUUGCACUUCACACACACAACAGUGAGAAUCAGAGACAGUCUUGGCAGCUGGAGCAGCAGCAGCAGCAGCAGCAGCAGCAGCAGCAGCAGCAGCAGCAGCUCAUGUCCGGUGGACGCCAACAAAUGGGCGCCUGCCUCAACCAAAUGUCAGGACUUCAGAGGAAUCCUCUGCCCGGAGUCGUUGCGCCGCAAACCACUUUCAACGGCAGACCGGUGUUCAGGACACCAGAGACUCCCACUGUACCGUUUCUUGUUCAGCAGGACUUGGAGCCGCUGCCGCCUCUGGCACUUUCGAGCAGUUGUAUGUUCGGUAACGCCCCCGUGUCUGUGCCAGUGAACGGACUGCCCCUCGGUCAGGUGAACUCCUGCAAGCAGAUGAACGCAACCGGCAACAGCCAGAUCCUCUCCCAGCCCGCCUGCUUCUACCAGGGAGGAGGCUCUGUGCUGGGGAUGCCGGCGUUACCAAACCCCGAUGAGGCGGCGCUGUCCUGCCAAAUGCCCGCCGUCCUGGACCUGAACGGCCUGUUGGUGCAGCAACAGCAGUAUCUUAACUUCAGUGAACAGACGCAGAUCAACAGCCAUCCGGUCCUCGGGAACAAAGGGUUCCCGUUCCCCUCGCUGCCCGACGACACCGUGUACUACUCAGAGAACAAAUAGGGACGAGAGGAAAACAAAAAGACUCCUGUCUCUAAACACGAAACGGAAUAGACUGAAGAACAGAAACGUGCCCCCGAAAAGGAUGAGGAGAGGAAACAGGACACGUCCCCCUCUCUCUUCUUCUUUAUUCUUCCAAUUAGGAAAGAGUGAGGAAAGCUUUAAAAAUUCAAGUUUGGCUGAGGACGGCUGGUUUGUGGUCGAGGAGGAGGAGACGUCUCAAGAGGAAGGAAGAACGUUUUGUUUUCAUGGAAGAAGAAUGAAAUCUUUUCUUGGAGCUGAUUGGAUUGUACCAAAAAAACUUACAUCAGUGAAAUAGUACUUUUGGCAAAUCACUGUCACAGGAUUGGCUGCAGUUCAGCUGGUGUCAGCCAAUCGCCACACAGCACUUCUGAAUCGUUCUUCAGUUCUCAGUGUUGACCAAUGAGAGAAGAACUUCGGUAAAUUCACUGUGGUGGAGAAAAAAAAGCAGCUAAUUCUGCGUGAACAGUGAGUGGUGUCUCUCCACAAGGGGGCAGCAGUGAGCCCGUUCUCCACUCCGUGUAAAUUGGAGAUGUUUAAAGACGAGAAAAGACUCAAAGGAGGAAGUAGAACUGGUUGUUCUGGGCGGAUGUUUCUCCGGUCCGGUCCCUGAGCUUCACUGUCUCACACCCAGCGGAUCAAAUCAACCCAAACGUGGAGUCGGAGGCAGAACGCUGAGACGACCUCCUGCUCCUCCUCUUUUCUACUUUCUCAGAAGGAUGAAAUGUGUUGACGUCUUUUUGUUUUGCUGUUUUUCAAAUUGCGUCUCGAUUAAGUUCAUUUCAACUCUUUACUGUCCCACUGAGGGAGAUUUGCUUUGCAGACAGGGUAUGUAUAAAUAUAUAUAUCUACAUAUAUAUAUAUAUAUAUAUAUAUAUAAAAAGAAAAAAAAAGAAAAAGAAACGCACAACGAAAUCACAGCAUCAUCCUACUAACAGACCUUUUUUUUUAAAAGAUGAUUGAGUGAAACCAGCUGCUUGUUAGUUCAUCUCUCAUAGAUUUUUAAAAAGCAGUCGGAGCUUUUUCACUGAGCCAGUUCUUCUUCUUCUGUUCUUCAAUAUUUCUGUGUCGUUGUUUUCUUGUUAUAGAGGAAAAACAAAUGUAGACAGUGCCUUAACCCGACAGACUGCUUGAAACUUUUAAGGGACAGUCUGUCAAUUAUCUGCAAUUUAAAGAAAGAAGCCUUUCCAUCAGGAACAUGAGCAGAGAAAAGGUGUGGUGGAAAUUGGUGUUUGAAACCAAAGUGAAACUCGCCCUCGCCUUAACUUCACUCGCCAGUUUUUUAAAGAUUUAUUGCACUAUUCCCUUUAUUGCCAAAGCAUAGUGAAAAUAAUUCACGAAUCCUUUGUCUCACACGAGGCUUUAAGACUUUUAUCAGAAAAAGGUUCCUACAGGUUUUGGUGAUGAUAGAUGAUACAAAAAAAAAACAUGAUGCUCUUAUAUAUUAUUUUUAAAAAGCCCAAGUUAAAUGAAUAAUAAAUAUCUAUUUCAAUAAUAUUGUAUUUAAAGUCGAACUACACUUCCUCAAAUAGCAGAACCUGAAAAUGAAAAACCAGAAUGUUUCCGAUACUGAUCGCGACUCGUAUUUUAUUCUCAGCUUUCCGUUUUCUUCUUCUUCUUCUUCCCUCUCUGUCUUGUGCUUUAUGUAUCAACGCUCUUGCUCAGACCGGGAGCAUCGCUGAUCGUCCGGCGGCGAAAACGCAGAAGUAAAACAGUGAAAGGCAGCUAUUGUAUAUUUUAAAACGAGGAAAAAAAAUGGAAAACACUUUGCGAGUUAAACAAAACACACACACACACACACACACACACACAACAGGGGUGGAAACGUCAAGUGCCUUUUUAAACGAGCUCUUCUUGAUUGCCUGUGGAUCUUUACUCAGCACUUAGAUUGAAAAGAGACGCUGUGUCGCACCUGGUCGCUUCAUCCAGUACUGAGCCGUGAAAUCACUUUUCUUCUUUAGCACUUCUGAACCUUCGAUAACAAACACUUAGUUGUGAAGGGUCACCUGCAGCAGACGUUAGCAGAGUGCUCACAACCAACUUGAAUACUUGACUUCAAUACCAAAAACAAGUCAGUGCAGCCAUGUGUGAGACGCUUGAUACUCGAGGAUACCAAAGGGACAAAUCAGACUCAGAUCUACUGUUUCACUGAUUCUUACAGUUUGUGGAAACACAGAGAACGACGUCUGCACACGAAACGACGAGAGAUGGACCAGAAUGAUUGUAUUUGUAGUUUCACGUAGGAAAUCGAGCGUCGAGCUGCGUUCACGUCGCACGGGGAGUUCGUGAGCGAUGGUUUCCAACAUGUAAAUUCACAGCAACAUGGGAACUUCAUCCGGCUGUUCGUCAAAGAAGCAAACAGAUGAAUUAGUGUAGCAGAACUUUGACCUCUCCAUAUUAUCAUAGCACUUUAUUUUGAACCUUUUUAAAAGAGCUGAAAAAUACUCAACUUGUUUGACAAUCGAUUUUUAAAAAUCUGCGUUUCCUCCUCAUUAUCCGGUCGUGGAUGUUGACACUGUUUACAUGUUGGAAAUCGUCAAAUGUGACGUGAGCGUGAGUCUGUUUGCUCUGCGGGGUCGUUCAGCUGCAUUCUGGGUAAUGUAGUAAAGCACGCACUGCAGUGAAAACAGUGGAGGCAGAUUGAGUUUUAAAGUUGCUUUGGCUCAGAUCUAUUAUUCUUAAAAAGAAAAACUUACGUGAACUAAAUCUGCAGUGAUGUUUCAGUGAAUCUUCUGAUAGGCCACACAGUUUGUUUUUGUUUAUUUCCAGACGUCAACGGCAGAUUUCUAUUUGGUAUUUGAAAGUGAGGAUUUGGAAUGAGAAUCGAGAACCGAGCCGAAGCAGCUGUAAAAUAGUGGAAAUUAAGAUAAAGCCACAGAUCCCCAAAUUUCUCGAGAUUCUUUUGUGAAAUUCAUGUGAUUUUUUUUUUUUUUUAAAACAUCAGCAGCGAGCAACUACAACAAAAGUAACUGAGCGUCUUUGUCGUCGAUUCAGCAAAAGUUCGUAAACCAUCACAUGUGGAUCAGAGGCUGAGUAUUUAAGACUCAGUACAAAAUGAAGCGUUUCGUUCGGGGGGGUGAUUUUCCCGCAGCGCACCUCAACGUCCCUUCUCUUCUCUUCUCUCUCUCUGUUUCACUCACAAAAUAUUCUGCAUAUAGAAAUUUAAAUAUAUAUUGUUGCUUGCUUCUAGAUUAAAAAAAAAAAAGACAAAGCCAUUGUACUUUUUUUUUUUUUUUCAAAUUCAAGGCUCCAAAAUGCAGUAUCUUUGUGUACCUUGUAUAUAAAUAUCUAUAUUUGUCUUCUUAAUUUUUUCAAAAAUCCCAAUACGUCAUAUAAUGUGUAUUUUAACAUCAUAUUGGCUUAACCUGACUCACAACUAUCAUUUUUUUGUACAUUGUCUGCACAGCAUAUUCACAUGUAAUCUCUUGUUAUGAUGGUUUUUACUUUGUAACUUUUCAACUUGUUAUAUCUUGUGGAUUUGCCUUCAAUAUUUUUGCUUCUAACAGUGUAUGAAUGUUUGAGUCAAUAUGUUCAUGCUCACCGUAUUAAAGGUGAAGUGAUCACACGC